AUGCCGAUUCCUACCAUAAGCUUCGCUCCAAUCUUUGGCAAAGACGAUGUCUCUAGAGCCCGAGUCGUAGCUCAGGUUCGAGACGCCUGUCUAAAAUACGGUUUCUUCCAACUGGUCGACCAUGGAGUCCCGCAGGAUUUGUUUGACGAAAUGAUCAAGCAAAGCGCGAGCUUCUUCAAUCUUUCAGACGAUGUGAAGGAAAGAUAUAGUAAAGACCAAGACAAGUUCCAAAGGGGAUAUGAAAGACUUCGUGCACAAAAUUUUGAGAAAAGAACGGCUGGCGAUUUGAAAGAGGGUUACUACUUUGGAGCAGAUCUUCCCUUGGAUCACCCAAGAGUUGUCGCGGGAAAAUUUAACAUGGGCCCUAAUAAGUAUCCGAAAGAGGUCACGGAUCCUGUGAAGUUCAAAGAGACCAUGGAUACCUACUAUAGUACCAUGCUUUCUCUCUCACAGAUCAUUCUCCAGGUUUUAUGUGAGACGAUGGAGAUCUCCAACGAAUGGAUGCCAGAGUUUCUGGAUAUCCCUAUCGCCACACUUCGACUGUUGCACUACCCGCCGCAGGCUCCUGAUGCAUCGGAGCUUGAACGAGGUAUUGGACAGCACACCGACUUCGGCGCUGUGACUAUACUUUUACAGGACGAGGUAGGCGGCUUGCAAGUCUGGGACAGGGACGCCUCAGCCUGGAUUGAUGCUAUCCCUCAGCGAGGAGCAUUGGUCAUCAACCUGGGCAAUUUGAUGAUGAGAUGGACGAAUGACCGCUAUCUGUCCAAUUUACACCGGGUGAUCAACAAGUCCGGGAAGCAACGGUACAGCGUCCCAUUCUUUCUUGCUGGGAACCCCGACUUCCUCGUCAAGUGCUUUCCUAAGUGUGCCGAUGAGAUUGAAGGUCCAAAAUACCCUCCUGUCACGGUUCAGCGGUGGAUGGAGGGCCGUUACGCGGAUACAUAUAACACAUCGCAAGAUAAAGCCCUUGGAGAACUCUCGCAGAGCGAAGCUAAAGCUGGAAUGGCCUAG